AUGGCAGAGGAAGGAAGCGAAGAUCCCGAAAUUGGGGAAACAGCAGAAGCCGCAGGAGGUGAUUCGAUAGAUGAGAAACAAAUGAUCUGCGCAUUAUUUAAAACAGUACGCAUGCGAUACCUUGCAGCCCGAGCCAGCAUUGCAGCAUCCUCCAUGAAGCUGCAAACCCUGCAGCGCGGGCGCGUCGCCAAAGUUGAGAUGAUGAAGAUGCGUGAGGCAGUAAAGUGCUUUGACACUGUUGCCCCUGUGCUAAAGAGCCUCGUGCUGCGCAUCCGCCUUGCAAGCUUCGAGGAGCGUAGUGCCGUGUUGCGGCUGCAGCAAGCUGGUCGAGUGGCAAUUGCCAAGCGCCGCAUUCACACUAGAUGCAUUGAACGCCUGCAAGUGCUUCUCGCUGGACUCGAGAAAAAGGUGGAGGCUCAGCAAGUGCUUUCCAAACUGCACAUGCGUCGGCGCAUGCGAGCACAUCCUGAAAGUUUGCUACGCGUGGCCCUGAAGGGUGUGCAGUUGCGGAAGCAGCUAGCGGAGCGGAGAGAACAUGAAGCUGUAACCUGUAUCCAAGCAUGUGCUCGUGGCGGUUUCCAGCGUGAACGACACAAAAUGAAGAAGCAGGAACUUGCUGGGCAAACCGUGCGAAACGUUUGUCGACGAUUCGCUGCCCAGCAGAGACUUACUGCCUCUUCGCAACAAAAGGCGUUACAGCAUGCUGCUCAGCUCUGGAAGGCCGUGAUUCAAACCUAUCGGCAACGAUCGCAGCUGGCAUUUAAUGUGCUUUGUAGUCGAUCAGGCAUCAAGAUCACUGCGAUGUGGCGUGGGGCACUGGGAAGGCGGGCUGCUCGGAAGGCUCGGUUUGAGAAGUUGGCUCAACGUGCCAGCAACACAUUGCGGAGCUUUGUUUACUGCUACCGGGCGCGCGAGAUGUUGGUGGGGCGACGAUUCGAGACAGACUAUGCUGAUAACCACAGAACCUUCUGCGCUGCCUGGCGAACCCUGAGACUGCGAAUGCGCCUGUGUCGCUACGUCGAUGAGGCCCGCAAGCGUGCUGCCAUGGAGGUGCUCUCCAGACAUGUGAAGGGAAUGUAUUUGCGCAGCGGUCGUGUCUUUGAUUGGGAAGCAUACGCCAAGCGAACUGGUCGCCGAAUAACCGAUGACAUUCGCGAGCGAAUGGCAUCUGACAAGGCAGAGGUGGAGUGGGCGAUUCGGGUUCGAAAGCACAUCCACCGCGUUCGCGUUGAGAUUGAGGACGAGAGAUUGCAAGUGACCAACAUGGCCGCUUUGCAGUUGCAAAGGAGCUGGCGAGCUCGGCAGGUGAGGCUGCAGCAGUUCAUGUCCCGGUUGGCCUUGCGGCUUGCAGCUGAACGUCGGACCUUGCUGGCACUCCAGCGAUCAGAGGUGCAGGCACUGCAUAGCUUAGAUUCUGUCCCAGCUGGACGCGCACUUCGGCCGUUUCACGUGCAAUUGGUGAGUGCUCGGCCUGAUCCCCCUCGAGAUUGGCUUGCAUCUCUUGCAGAGGCCCCAGAGCCCCUGGUGGACAUGGACGCCGCCGACUCAUUUGCAAUCCUUGCCGGACGCAGUGGGAAGGCUUACUGUCUUCCAAGCCAUGCUGGUGCCGAGCUGAUUGGCUCGCCUGAACUUUUACAGCUGACUGGGCCUUUCGUGCUGCAGCAUCACCGCCUCCUCACAGCAAACCCACGUGUCGUGCAGGUGUCUUGUGGCUCUCAUCAUGCUCUUCUGAUGACAGUCGACGGGCUGGCUUUUGCUUGGGGGAAAAAUGACCAUGGUCAAUGUGGCAUCGGCUGGCCACGCCCCGAACAGAUCGAGCAACGCGUGGUGGCCCAAGCGACAUGCUUGCAGCCAUGGGCCGCAACACAUGGCGCCGCAACUGCGGAAAUGCGCUCUGCCGGCCUCUUGGAGCCACAGCGUGGGGAAAGCCUUACGGCUGCCUGCAAUGCUGGAGCCGUUUUACCCCGGCUCCAAAGUGUGUCGGCUGGACCAGAGAGCAAUCUUGCCUUGGAUUGCGAUGGACAGGCGUGGGCAUGGGGCAGUAAAACACACUUGGGACUUGCUUGCUGGAUACCGCUGGCACAGCCCCAUGCUGCACCUUCCAAGGGCACGGUGCGUCCGGGGGCGGACAGCCGGCAUCCUACGGCUUGUCCCUUUCUGCUCUUCCAGGUUAUCAAAGGCACCAAAGGCUCUGCCGAAGGAUCUGCAAAGAGUGCAAAAAGCUCGCCUGACUCGCGGAGCCUCUUGCAGGAAUUGGACCUGAAGGAGUUGCCAGGCAACGUGCUUGUGCCAACUUUGCUUUGCAACCUUACACCGUUGCAAAGCGACAGCUCUUCUGCUUCUGUCUCUUCGGCGUUGCCAGAAGCAGUCAUCCUUCAUUCAACCACUGGUAGGCCACAAGCGAUCUUAGCACCUGCAGCAGGAACCGCGGGCGGUCGAAGUGAAAGCUUGUUUGUUGCGGCAGUUGCUGGCCAGCGCGCAAGUUUUGCAGUCACGGCCCGCGGCGUGGCAUACAGCUGGGCCUCUGACGGGCAAGAAGAUAUCUUGCUGGGACGCUCCGCUGCAAACACAGCCCCGGCUGCAAUCCCGACUUUUCUGCAGCUCUCCAUAUGUGUGGCAUGCAUCAGUGCAGGCGCAGACCACGCCCUUGCACUGACUGCACAUGGGCGAGUGUUCACUUGGGGGAUUCUCGAAGCUGCUGUGGGGACUGAGCGCUUUCAGCAGCGUUCCUUCCCGCAGCCCAUGUGUGUGGAAGGGGCAGUGAGGGGCUUGAAAGUCAGCAAAGUUCUGACUGGCCGCAUGUGCAGUGUGGUUGCCUUUCAGGAUUGUGAUACCCUGAUGGGAUGGGACAUGGUGGAGGUUUCAACACUCCAGGGCAAGGGCCAUGUUGACCCAGCCGUAUACGAGUUCCCAUUGACGUACGAGUGUUUUGACUCAAUGGUUUCACCCAAGACGAGCCCCAAGAUGUCACCUUCCAGUUCCAGUCGCUUGGUUGAGAAAGUUUGCACUCCAUCGCCGCGAUCUCCAUCUGCAAUCUGCUCUCCCACCUGCUCUCCAAAGAGCCCAUCAAGCCCUGUGUCACCCACAUCACCAAUGUCACCUUACAGAUCACGUGCCCGAGCCAAAACCCGGCCUUCCGCAAAGUCAAACCUCUGCCUGUGCCACUCUCGAACAUUGCAGCUCCUGCUGCAAGAGUCGCCAGAGCUAGGACUGCCCUUCUCACAUUCGGAAUUGUUCGCUUGGGCGAGCAAGAGGUCUGUGGCUGCACACGCUCGGAGGGAAGAUGACGAGGAGGCCUUCAGGCAGCAGUCCAUUCAAGAGAUGCUUGCGGAGCGCGUCCGCAUUAAGCACCUGAGCAACGUGUCCUUGCUGAGAGAAGUGGCAAGGGCCAGGACCUUCCUUGAGUUUGAUCGCGAGAUUUCCAUGUACCGGAGAGACUGCGUGCUGCGUAGGCCACAGAGGCAGCAGAAAUUUGAAGGUGGCAUCAUUCCAUUUUACAAGCGCAUCCAGCAGGAAGAAACCACGAGACGUUAUCGUCAGCUGCCAUUUCUCAGAGUCAGCAAAGAGCCUUCGAAAUGGCCGUCUCCACCCGAUCCUAGAGACGUCGACAGACGGCUUUGUAGGGUGGAUCUGGCAAGAGAAAUGAAUAUCAAGGUUGGGGAUCGAGUUCGAGUCCUUUAUGGCAGUGAGAAGGGCAAGCACGGUGUCAUCAGCCGGAUCAUCCGUGACAAGAACCAGGUCAUCGUCUCUGGUGUCAGCUUGAAGCGAAGCUUCUGGCACCCUGACCCCGGGCCUGGCAAGCCUUCCAUAGUCUCCGUGGAGUGCCCGAUCCACAUCACCAACGUCGUGCUAGUCGACCCGGUGACGAAGCAGCCGACCAGAGUCAAGAGGCGGUACAUGAUGAACGGCGAAGGUGUUCGAAUCUCCAAGGUCUCUGGUUGUGCUAUGCCCGAGCCUGUUCCGGUGGGCCUCAAUGAGCGUGAAGUCCUCUGGAAGCAGCACGAGGAAGGGGUGCUCCGGCAAGCGAAGGAGCGGCGCGGUCCACCCAAGGAAGACAUCUUUGGAAACAAGGAGCACUUCAAGGCGCUUGUACGCCUCGUUCGUGAACGGCGCGCCGCUGAAGCUGCGAAGGGUGCAGAGGCGUCAAUCUCUCCCUUCGCCGUGGAGUGA